AUGAGCAGCCGGUCAUCCAGAUCGAGGCACGUCCGAGUCCAGGAACCUGAGCGACGUCCACUGCUUGAGCGAGCACGUUUUGCUCAUUCUCUGGAUGGCGGAGACUUCUUCAGCUGCAUACCAAAUUCCCAUGCACAUCUCCCAGUUUAUACAAACAUCCACAGGAUACGGAGAGAUGUUAUAUCCAUCGUGGAGGACUACCUGACAUUUGAGCAACUACGGGACCUCCGACUGAACAUCUCAGUCGUUCGUCCCCUAGUUGACAAGUUGUACGAGCUGGAUGAUAUCUCAAUCGUCUACUGCCUACUUGUCAACCGUGCUCAAUUCUUAUACGAACAAGCACAUUUAAACAACAGGCAAAAUGUCAACUUUACGAGAGCAAUGCUUUGUGAGGUCGUUGCGACCCGUAUUCUGAGGCGCUUCGGAGAAGACAAUGAAGGCGACCAGGGACUUCUUGUAUUGGCACAUAUUCUCGUCGCCGGCUUCACCCCCUUUCAGAAUGCUCCGGAUGGGGUCCGGAACGAGGAAUCUUUGGCCACUAAAUGGGAUUUUCACCGAACUUUGCCAGCUCUCGAAGUGGCUAUCAUCAGUGAAAGCAAAUACUUUCUUAGCUCAACCCACUGCCAAAAGGUUAUUGAUGCCAUCUACACUGGUCAUAUCGUCUAUACUCCAUCCACUUUUCUGGAUUUGAUACCCGACCGGUAUAAACAGAAGCCAAUCUCGCUAUAUGAACCACGUGAAGCACCUUUGCUGAAUCAAUAUCGCCUGAUUGUGCCGCGCACCAGAAAUCUCUUGGAGAUUAUGCAGUUCAUCACUCUGCUUUGCCUUUACUUGGCAUUCAUGGCGGAGCGAGACCCGGAGCGGUACAGUUUUCUGGAAAUGGCAUUUUCGAUAUAUGCUUUUGGUUGGGUUCUGGAUCAAUUUGCCACAAUCCUCGAACACGGAUGGAACGUAUAUACACAGAACUUAUGGUCAUUCCUGGACGUAAUGUUUGCCAUGGUUUACUGGGCAUAUCUAAUCCUAAGGCUACACGGAUGGGUCAACAACGACAUUGGGCCAGGACAACAAGCACUAGAUGUACUUGCCAUUGGAGCGCCAGUGCUUGUCCCACGACUGGCAUUCAAUCUCCUUUCGGACAACCUCGUCUUCCUGUCCUUGCGUUCUAUGAUGGCCGACUUUACGCUACUCACCGUACUGGCUGCUUGGUGUUUCGGCGGGUUCCUGCUGUCCAUGGUAUGGCUAGCUGAAGGUCGCCAUGACUUCCUUACUAUCAGCAAAUGGAUGUUGUGGAUAUGGUUUGGUCUUGACGGUACUGGUGUAUCGCAAUCCAACGACUUUCACUGGCUUCUCGGCCCGAUUUUGAUGAUCACGUUUGCGUUCUUGGGCAAUACACUUUUCUUGACGAUCCUCGUAUCGAUGCUGAGUAACACUUUCAGCACGAUCGUGGCCAAUGCAACAUCCGAGAUUCAGUUCCGCAGAGCAGUGCAGACGCUUGAAGGUGUAAAAGCUGAUGCCAUUUUUGCCUAUCAGCCGCCAUUCAAUAUCCUUGCAGUGUUUGUCUUGCUGCCCAUGAAGUUCAUCGUUAGUCCACGAUGGUUUCACAAAAUUCAUGUAGCAUCUGUUCGCUUCAUCAACCUACCUGUCCUUCUACUCAUCGCAGCAGCUGAACGGCGGCUCUUCCACCCAGACACCUCUGAACCAUCUCCUGCUCGGAAGAAGACAUGGUUCUGGGAAGAUUGGAGGAUCACAACCCAUGGCGAUCUCCAGACAGUGUUCGAGAUAGUACCUCCUGAAUCACUCACCGAGGACAUUGCGGUUGACGACGACUUGACCCGUCAUAUGAUCCGGCGGCAAUUCGUGAGGCAGCACAGCACUACUGCUCAAGAAGCCAUCAAACGUGGUCGAUCCGAUGCCACGGAAGAGGGAGAUAAGAAUCAGCGCGUAGGGCGACCGCCGGCCAGACGAGAUUCAAUCGCCCCUUACGGCUCAGAUUUGACCGAGCAGGUGCGCCAUAUCCUGGCCGAUAUCGAUGCGGGUAAGGAUAUCGGCGUAUCCAACAGGCUCGAGGCCCUAGAAGACUCGGUCGGCAGGAUCGAGAGGAUGUUGUCCAAGUUUUGCGGCGAUGACGCUGAUGAGAAGUCACUCGAUGAGGAAGAGGACGAGGCAGAGCUUGGCCCACCUCAAGACUUGAAUGGCUCAGAAAUUCUUGAGGAUUAA